CCUGUGAUAGCUAGAUGUACAUAUGUAGACUUUCAGUUUGUUGUUAAAUUUUCAGUGCUUAAUAGUCGAGUUUUCAGGAAAUGUCCGCUUAUAGAUUGAGUAGUAUGCAGGACACCGAAUGGUAUCCCACGACCUCCAACUGUUCCAGCUUACUUUUCAGCUCGGAUGCCGUGGAGCAGCUGCGUGAUAAGUGGACCCACUAUAUUUUCAGCCAGCCCAAGGCGCCUUUUGAAGUGCAGCUGGCCAAAGCCCGAGCGGAUCGGGCCCUCGAGCUGGUCAGGAGCACGCAGAAGGCUGCUUUGGAAGAGGCCAAUUCGUCACCAAGGAGUAAGUGCCGUCCACUCACUGCUCUGCACAACUCCCCGCGUACCACAAAUCGUAUGACGAUGGUUAUGGAGACCCGAAUGCGGCCAUCCGUCGUCAAGGAGUCGAAGUCGCAAUACAAUCUGUGUCCCAGUUGUGGACUUGUCAAGGACUCAAUUCUGAAUCACCAGCACGCCGAGCAGCGACUGAAGAAGCUACUGGCACAACAUCCUAGUUUGCUGCCGAAACGACAGAAUAGAGGGUCAUCAAAGUAUUUGCGCAUGCUAUAGAUAGAUAAAUUGGAAUUUGUUCAAGAA